CAAACAAUUUCCAACUCGACUGACUUGUUCAUUCGUUGGAACAAUGUCUUCUCCACAGUAAACAUGGCAUUUUGUGUCUCAUUUCAAUACUGUAUCAUGACUUUCUGCAGCUACCAAUUGUAUCACGAUAUGGAAGAGAAACUAAGCCUCUUAUCGGGAGAAGUUCGAAAAUUGCAUCUCCAAAUAUUCAAAACUCUUAUGCCUACUGGAAUAUUUUUGGGUAUAUUCGCGCUUUAUCCAGCAUUAGACGCAUGUAUUCUGAUGUACGUCAUCACAGACUACAGAAGAGCCUUAAAAGGUAUACUAGAACUGAAAAUCUUGUUAAAUGUUUUUUUUUCAGAUGUUCUGAAGUUUUUCAAUCCGAUAAACAGGACAGCUGCUGACAACGUCUCUGUAGCUCCUCAUCUUUCUACAAAUAAUUUUACAAUCUGA